AUGAAGAGACUCCUGGUGCUUUGUGACUGCCUCUGGGCCUGGAGCCUCCUUCUGAAUGCACUGACUGAAAGAAGCUAUGGACAAACCUCAUCACAAGAUGAACUUAAAGACAAUACCACGGUAUUUACCAGAAUAUUGGAUCGUCUGCUGGAUGGUUAUGAUAACCGCUUGAGGCCAGGACUGGGAGAGCGUGUAACUGAAGUGAAGACUGACAUCUUCGUCACCAGUUUUGGGCCUGUUUCAGACCACGACAUGGAAUACACCAUAGAUGUAUUUUUCCGCCAAAGCUGGAAAGAUGAGAGAUUAAAGUUCAAAGGACCUAUGACCGUUCUCCGGUUAAAUAAUUUAAUGGCCAGCAAAAUUUGGACACCUGAUACCUUUUUCCACAAUGGAAAGAAGUCAGUAGCUCAUAACAUGACGAUGCCAAAUAAACUGUUACGAAUUACAGAGGAUGGGACACUGCUAUACACCAUGAGAUUGACUGUGAGAGCAGAAUGUCCCAUGCAUUUAGAAGACUUUCCUAUGGAUGUACAUGCUUGCCCCUUGAAAUUUGGAAGCUAUGCUUAUACCAGAGCAGAGGUUGUGUAUGAGUGGACACGGGAACCAGCAAGGUCAGUGGUUGUGGCUGAAGAUGGUUCUCGACUGAACCAAUAUGAUCUGCUUGGACAAACUGUGGACUCUGGAAUUGUUCAGUCCAGUACAGGGGAAUACGUUGUUAUGACUACGCAUUUUCAUCUGAAGAGAAAAAUCGGUUAUUUCGUCAUCCAGACUUACCUGCCCUGCAUCAUGACAGUGAUACUGUCACAGGUCUCCUUCUGGCUUAAUAGAGAGUCUGUUCCAGCAAGAACUGUAUUUGGAGUGACAACUGUCCUGACAAUGACCACUCUAAGCAUCAGUGCAAGGAAUUCCCUGCCCAAGGUGGCCUAUGCCACUGCCAUGGAUUGGUUUAUAGCCGUCUGCUACGCGUUCGUGUUUUCUGCACUCAUCGAGUUUGCAACAGUGAAUUACUUCACCAAGAGAGGUUAUGCAUGGGAUGGCAAAAGUGUUGUUCCUGAAAAGCCAAAGAAAGUGAAGGAUCCUCUCAUUAAGAAAAAUAACACGUACACAGCUACAGCUACAAGCUACACCCCUAAUAUUGCAAGGGACCCUGGGCUGGCAACCAUUGCUAAAAGUGCAACAAUUGAGCCCAAAGAAGUUAAGCCAGAAACAAAACCUGCAGAACCCAAGAAAACUUUUAACAGCGUCAGUAAAAUUGAUCGACUAUCAAGAAUAGCUUUCCCAUUGCUUUUUGGAAUCUUUAAUUUAGUCUAUUGGGCUACCUAUCUAAACCGGGAGCCCCAAUUAAAAGCUCCAACUCCACAUCAAUAA